UUAUGGCCUCCUGAGGAUAUCUGGAACAAUCCUGACGCUCUACGCGACUACUAUGCUACCCAUGCCGUUCCAUUACGACCUAGUCCAGGCGUCCUGGUCGUCUCCAUCGUGGUCUCAAUCCUUGGUUCUUACACCACCCUCCUGUGUUUGGGUAGGAGAACAUCGUCAAAAGGAUGGAAGAAUCACUUUUUGCUCAUGAUGGCUGGCGUCUGUUUCGCUUGUGUGGCAGUGUGGGGGAUGCACUUUGUCAGUAUGAUAUCUAUCCACUUGCGGGCUACCCCACAUGUUACUUGGUAUAUUACGUUUUCCAAAGGUUUCACCGCUUUGUCGUUGUUCGUACCCUUGAUAGCAACUCUUGGGGCUUUCUGGGUGGUUGGGGGAGUCGAGUUCAAUAUCUCUCGAGUGGUCGUUGCAGGUAUCUUUUCUGGAUUGACUAUUGGUCUCAUGCACUACUCAGCAUCAUUUCAUCUGCCAUAUCUCAUGGUUUCCUACACGGCUGUCACAGUGGCUUUCGCCCUCAUUUUGGCCUGUAUCGCCUCGACCGCUGCCCUCGUCGCCUUCUUCCGACUCCGAUCUCAAUGGGAGGACUCUUUCUGGAAACGAGGCAUAUGUGCUCUCUUCCUCGCGUCAGCUGUCACCAGGCUCACAAUUUUCAUCUCGGUAAUGUGUGGUGUCAUUAUCAUCCUCACAGCCAUCAUCUCGAUGUUCGACUACUAUGUACGUCGAGGUGUCCGGGAGAAGGCAAGGCAUGUCAUUGUCUGUUCGACCGCUUUUGAUACCCUUGGACGAUUGUUAGUAAAGAAUGAUGGUACUCUACCACUACAGCUUAUUGAAACAGAUGUGGACCUCAAGAAACUCGUCCUUGAGCUUGACCCCCGACAAGGCACCUUCCAAUGGCUCUAUCAACUGUCAUUUGUCUGGCACACGAUCACUCCAUUCCUCAGUGAAAUUCUUCGGUCCAUCGCCAAGCGUCGACUGGGUGCAGGUGCCGACCUGAUCGAUCUCUCCAUCCCAGCAGCUCAAAGAGAAUCUCUCAUCUUCCGGCGAAGAUUCAUCGAAGCGGCCGUCCUCAUGGCUCAAAGUCUUGACAUAUCCGUGGAGUCAUUGGGCUUCAUGCUCGAUCGGGUACUCACUACGGGGCAGAAAGCAAAUGAGGACAAGUUCAAAUCCGCCUUCGGUGAAGAGGAGAAGGCAGUUCCUGGUCUUUCUAUCAAAUACCAAGGCAGCGAGGGUGUAUUACUUUUCCUCGUCCGAGAAAUAGGCGACGCUCCCCCAUUCAGCAUCGACAGCAAGGGCGGCGACAAGUCAUUCUCCACCGACAAUGUCGAUCAUUACAUGCAGCGUGGGUACCGUAUGGCCGACACGCACUUCUUCUCGAAAGCCUUAGCCGACAACUUGGGUGUUCUCAAGGGUGAGAUGGAUUUGUUCUUGUCAGCCUGUAAGACAUAUGCCAAGCGUGGGACAAAACCUGUCGUCCAGCCCGGAGGGAUCUAUGCGAGUAUCUUCGGUGUCCGACCCACGCUUGACCAUCAAGGUGAUAUGGUAGUCUACAACUUUGCUCGACACCAAAUACCUGCAUACCGACUUCCCGACGUCAAUUACCCAAUGAGCAACCGGAUGGCCGAGUGGCUUCAUGAAAAUCGAGGAAUCAGAAUGGGCGAACUACUCUAUCGUUGCAAUGCGGACAUCCAAUAUAUGGAAACACACGAUUCCGGACCUGGCAGUAUUCAGACGGCGGAGGAUGAAGCACUCUACGAGUUUCUCACGUCGCUCAUCGUUGCACUCGAAGCUCUCUCAAAGGGUCUUCGCCAAUGGUGUGAUAUCGGUAAUAUCGCGUCAUUCCUUCCAGAAGUUGUCAAGGUGCCUACUUCCGACACGGACGACACAAUGCCUUCUCAACUCAUCAUCAUGCACGGAAUCCUCCCGGCUCCCAAUGGUCAACUUACUCCUAUACAUUCCCGUCUCUCCGGUGUACAAGUGCCAGACCUCGAAUCAGGCCGAGAUCAUACCGACAAGCCACCCGCUCCCUUCGUCUACUCUCCAUACACUCUCUUCGCCAAAGCGCAAUCAAUGGUCAUGCGAGACGAUUCAUACGUUGCUUUCUCACAAUCAAUUGUAGAUGAGCUACGCAACAUCUAUCCU